AUGUCGACCAAUUGCUUAAAGCGUAUCCCCAAACGUAGAGUCGCCGUGUUGUUCGGGUACAGUGGGUCACAAUUGUAUGGGAUGCAGUACAUCGCCGAUGCAAGCCGGUUCCCCACUGUAGAAUCGAGGCUCUUCGAUGCUAUAAGGGGAACUGGUGCCAUUAUGGCACAUAACUCAGACGAUAUCUACAAGAAUGGAUGGAACAGAGCCUGUAGGACAGACAAGGGUGUCCAUGCCCUUGGGAACGUCGUUUCUUUGAAGUUAAACUUGACCGCGGAUCUUGUCCCGCGGCUUAACGCUCAACUGCCGGAGGGUAUCCGUGUAUGGGCAAUUCAAAGUGUCAAUAAGCAGUUUAGCGGCAAAACUGCCUGUGGUGGACGAUGGUACGAAUACAUCUUCCCCAGCUUUAUUCUGAUGGGUCACUCCAAGUUCCAUCGAAUCCGACUGAACCAGAGCCAGAAAUUUGAUGAAGACACCAAUUACGAGGCAUAUGCUAAGAGCUUACAGGUCCCCCUUUCACAGUAUAGAGUGGAUCAGGAUACAGUCUCUUCACUGCGACAGUACAUGCAAGAGUACUUGGGGACGCACAAUUUCCACAACUUCACCACCAAGAAGCAAUUCACAGAUAGAGACGUGAAAAGGUAUAUCUCUGAUGUAGUAGUGUCCCAACCGUUCCAGCGGGCGGCACAUCCUGAUGAACCGGAACUCAUGUCCAUUCGGAUACGUGGCCAGUCGUUCAUGAUCCACCAGAUCCGCAAGAUGAUAGCGAUGGCAGUAAUAUUUCAUCACUACGGUAUCCCACCGGAACAGUUAAACGAUAUACUCGGGGAGACUAAGCAGUACAUCCCAAAGGUCCCCUCGUCGGGAUUGUUCUUGGACUUCCCCCUGUUUGACUCGUACAACAGGAAGUUGGUCGAAUGUGGUCACAGUCCAAUCGAUUUCCAGGAUUACUCCUCGGAAAUGUUCCAAUUAAAGCAGGCUUUGCUGCUGCCGGAAAUAGUCCGUGCAGUGCAAACACGGCACGAGUACGCUAAGUUCCUGGACCACGUAGAGUCCACCGAGUGGCUUGAUCAGUUUAGGAACCGGUACACUGGUGGAACCUGCCCUUCUUUCGGGUAA